AUGGGUCGAAGAAAGAUCGAGAUCAAAGCGAUCAAAGAUGAUCGCAACCGCUCAGUAACAUUUCUAAAACGAAAGGGCGGCCUCUUCAAGAAGGCACAUGAGCUCGCGGUGCUAUGUUCGGUAGAUGUCGCCGUCAUUAUCUUUGGUCACAACAAAAAGCUCUAUGAAUUUUCUUCGUGUGAUAUGCGAGAAACCCUCGCUCGAUAUCAAUAUUUUGGCCCUCCACAUGAACAUAAAGGGCCUGAGGAUUUUAACGGCAAACGUGAUGACGAUGACGACGACGACGAUGAUGGAACACCGGCCCCGGAAGACAUGCAUCCAACUCCCCAGAACCCGCCUCAAAUGAUGCCCGCACAUAUCCCUGGCCAUCCCGGCUUUCAGCAUGUCAACCACGCACCUUCUGCUUCCCCUCCGAUUCCGAACGGUAUACCAUUCGAUCCGCGCCACGGUACCCCGCAACCACAAGGAGCUUCUAGGCCGUCUUCAAGGAACCAUCUUCGCCGAGUUAGCUCAAAUCUUGGGGGACCAUCGCAUCACGGAACCCCGCCGCCGCCGCCACCUCAACCCCCUCAAAAUGGGUUUGCAUACAUGCCAAAUCCUUCCGUUUAUAAUCCUAACGCGCCACAUCAUAUGGGUCAACAACCACCGCGACCAGGGCAGUAUGCACAUUUUGGCCAUCAUCCCCAACAUCAACAGCCACAUCAACCUAUGCCGCCGCACUCCAUGCCUCCUCAUACGAUGCCCCCACAGCCCAUGCCACCGCACCCGCAACCUCCUCUACAACACCUCCAACAGCAUCCUCCGCACCCUGCCCCGCAAAUACCACAAAUGACCAUGUCGCAACCACCCCAUCCAACCAUCCAGGUCGCCCAAUCGUUCUUACCAGAUCAGCAGCAGCCCCCACAACGAACGGCAUCGCUCCCAGAAACGUCAACAGAUCAGAUGCCCGGCCAGAUGAAGAUGGAAGGAAGUCAAUCCCCGCCACAACCCAAGCCCUUACCAUCCAAAUCACGUAGUAUUUUUACACCCAUUGAUGAUCGUGGAUCAGUUCUGGCGCAGCAAUUUGGACUUUUUGGGGGCGCGUCGCACGCAAAGAUGGAACCAGGCCAUGACGAAAGCAACGAUAGGAAGCCGUCGAUUAAGCCUGUUCCCCCCCCACGUGCCGCAACCGAGGUUCCUAUGUCCAAGGCAGUGCCCGAUAUUAAACCUCCUAUCCGGACUAAUAGUGGCCAAAUGACGUCUAAGCGGCCUCAGCUCAAGGUUCAGAUUCCCAGUGAAAGUUCAGAUCGGGGUAGUGCAACUGCGGAGUCAUCUUCACGGGACUCCGCCGGAAAUAAAGCUGUAACCCCUGCGAAGGCGAAUCCCGACACGAAUCAUCCAGGUGUGGUCUUACCACCACCGUCUCCAUCCGCCGGCGCAAUUCUUAGCGCUGGCGCCCAGGGUCCUCCGAAUCCAUUCGCCAGACCACCACCCCCGGGAACAACGGUGGCGGCGCAGAAUAACAAUUCCUACAAUAACAACAAUAAUAUAGAGACUCCCAUCUCCGCGCUUCCUAGCCGCUUUGUUUCCGAUGCGCUACUUCCAUCACCCUCGAGUUUCUUCCCCGAAUGGGGCUUUGGCCGUUCUGGGCCAGACAGCAAUAUGCUUCCCAGCCCGCUCACGUUCCCUACCCCUGCUGUCCAGAAUGGUCCGGGAUUUGGCCGAGAAGAAGAGCAAGACAAGAAGCGCAAAAGCCCGGAUAGUGGCGCAAGCGGGGAGGGUACAACGAAGAAAGCAAAGACGUAA